AUGGAAGACUCGAAGAGGCUAGAGACGCCCUCUACUCAGGUGCGAUCUGAGAGCGGCGACCUCGUCGUCGGAGACCAUGGCGCCGAUAGUGAACUUCGACGAAUACUGGGCACUCGACACUUGACGAUGAUAGCGCUCGGGUCGUCCAUCGGUAUGGGGUUAUGGCUUGGUUCUGGCACUUCUUUGACGAGUGGUGGUCCGGCUGGUAUCUUUUUGGGCUACUUGCUUGCUGGGUCGAUGAUUUGGUCCGUCAGUCAUUCGAUCGGAGAGAUGGCGAUUAUGUAUCCAUUACCAUCAGCCUUCGUCCAAUGGACCGGGAAGUUUAUAUGUCCUUCUGCUGCCUUGGCUCUAGGCUGGGCAUAUUGGUUCUCCUAUUGCAUCACAAUCGCGAACGAGCUCCAGGGUUUGGUUACCGUCUUGAGCUUCUGGACGACGAAGGUCCCGACCGCAGCCUGGAUCACAGUCUUCUGGUUCGUCAUUAUCGCCAUCAACAUUGGUGCUGUGACUGUCUUUGGAGAGGUGGAAGUUAUCGCAUCCACCAUCAAGUUUGGAUGGAUCUUCGUUGUCAUCAUCUCAUGUAUUGUCAUCUCCGCUGGAGGAGCUCCAAACCACGAGGCAAUCGGUUUUCGGUAUUGGAACUCGGAGCCCUUUACACACGGAUUCAAAGGGUUUCUAUCCGUGCUGCCAACUUGCAUCUUUGCCAUGUCUGGCUCUGAGAACGCUGGCCUUGUCGCAGCUGAAAUGCGGAAUCCGCGCAGGUCCGUGCCAACGGCUGUUGGUUCGAUCUGGAUCCGAUUGUCGCUCUUUUACCUCCUAGGCUCCUUGAUGGUUACGAUUUGUGUAUCGCCACACAACCCGAACCUGUUCGGAGGCUCUGGUACCAACGCGUCGCCUUUUGUGAUUGCGUACAGAGAGGCCGAUAUCGAACCGAUGGCUCAUAUAAUGAACGCCAUCAUUUUCAUCUCUGUUUUGUCAACUGGUAGUAUCUCUGGGUAUGCCGGAGCGAGAACAAGCAUGGGUCUGGCGCAUUUGGGCAUGGCUCCUAAGCAAUUCGCACAUGCCGACAAGACUGGCCGUCCCUGGUGGGGUCUUGCCUGUACACUCAUCAUUGGUGGAGGGUUGGCCUACCUAAACGUUGACCACAGUGGAGCCCAGGUGUUUGGUUGGUUUAGCAACCUGACUUCUCUCUUUACACUUUUCGGCUGGGGAAUGAUCUGUUUAUCCCAUAUCCGCUUUCGACGUGCCUGGAAGCUUCAAGGCCGUAGUGCUGCUGAGCUGCCAUGGAGAACCUGGACCUAUCCAUACGCUGCUUGGUGGGGUUUGUUCUGGUGCUGUCUUCUCAUCAUCGUCGAGUUCUACCUUGCCCUUUGGCCCCUGGGGGGCGAUCCAGAUGCACAGACAUUUUUUGCCAACUAUGUGAGCGUGGUUGCAAUCCUUGUCGUGUAUUUGGGUGCACGGAUUUACUACCGCGGGCCAUGGUGGGUUGAUCUGGCCACGGUUAACCUGGACGCCGGCCGAAGGUUUUAUUCCAGCGUGGACAUGGAAAAGCCCCCUGUGCAUGGUGGCGUGGCGAAAGCCAAGAGGGCUCUUGAAAGUCUGAUGGAGUAG